AUGAUGACUGUGGGGCGCCACGUUCUGUCCGUGCUGGCUCUCGCGCUGUGCUGCGUGUCGCUGUGCGUGUCGGCUGCGCUGCUGGACGCAGAGGAGGCAGCGAGGCAGUUUGAGAAGGCACAGGCCUACGCUGACAAGUUGCGGAGUGCUGCUGAGGAUGCGAACAAAGAGGCCAAGCGUGCGAGGGAUGCCGUCUCCCAUUCACUUUCGCUGAUGUCACGUACAAGCGCGACGGAUCGCGCAGCGAGGGGCUAUGGUGGCGAAGACGGUUUUUCGCGGAGAGGCCGCAGUGACACCGAGAUAUUGCCGUGGCAUAUCAAGGCCCAGACCGCUUCGGGGGCGAUGGGUAGUGAUGUGCAGAGGCAGCUUGAUGGGGAAAGGCUUGGUGUUGAGAUUCUCCAGAGGGCUGCGGCCGCGGCCACGGCGAAGGCUGAUGUUCUGAUGGAUGCAGCUUUAUUCGCGAGAACGGCAGUGGUGGCUGCGGAGAGGAGACUCUACAAUGCAAGGAGGCGUGGCACUGAGGCGGCGGUGGAGUCGUACGCGGGCGUCUUGACAGAGGCGCUGCCCGUGGAUGAUGUUUCGGCUCGUCAGGUGGCAGGUCGUGGCGCAAAGGAAGGGCUUCGGUUUGAAGCGUGGAGGGAGACCCGCAUGCAGAAUCUUGCGAGUAGGGCAUACGAAAACUGGGUGAAUGCACGUGACGCUGAUCAGCUGGCACGUGUGGAGGCUGAGCACGCAAAGCUACGCGUCACCGUAGCGGCGCACCGUGUUGAACAGACUGGCGUGGCGGCGAGACGCAACUCUGGGGACUCCGAGGUUGCUACGAUGCGGAAGGACACGUUCAGCACAGCGCGCGAAGAGGAAGAGGAGGCACGGAAGCAGCUCAAAGCUGCAGAGGACGACGUCGAAGAGAAACGACAGGCUUUCGAAGCGGCGAACGCCGAAGCAGACAAGAUGUUCAAAGCUGCCAUUGAGCUGGACAAUACGCGGAGGGAGGAGGCGGCGGCGAUGACGGCGCAGUACCGCUCACCACGUCGACGCUGA